AGAAUUUGUUUCAUCUCGAUAACCGCGCGCGGUACGUGACUCGUAUUGGUUUUUAGUCCGAUAACUAUAAUUGCGUUUCUGAAUGCGGCGUUCGCAUUCAGAUCAAUUGGAAUAAUUCGAUCCUUAGAUUCAUUUUUGAGCCAUUAAAGCCAAAAUCUCCUUGAUUUUGGAGAGAAAACGAUUCGAGUCUACUAUACAGAAAUCGUGGCGACUGUAUAAUUGAAAAUUGUGACAUUUUUUUCUUUUUUUUUUUCCUCUAUCAAAAACGGUGCAUGGCAGUCAUUGAGUGUCGAUGCUAACGAGUUUUUAUAUGAUCGCUGUGACAUCUAUUUUAUAUUGUGAAUAACUGCGAUAUUUUAUCAUAUCGCCAUUGCUACUACGUCUGCAUGCGUACGUCUCAUAGCUUUUUAUCAACUUUAUUCGAGUAAAUUAUCGUUUAAUAUCAUCUUUUGUAACAUUUCAGCUACUAAAAUCCUAACUAAAAUUCGAUAGAUAACAAAUUUUUUAUUAUAUGAAUAAGAAUACAUAGAAGCGAUAAAAGGUAUUCGCCGAGAAAAUCUUUAUAUUCCCAUCAAAUGUGCCAGAUAAUCUGAUAUACAUAUAAAAAUCAAUAUCAUACGAUUGAUAGAGUGGAUUUACCUGCGUAGAAUUGAAAAGAACUAAGAAAAUCGCAAAUUUUCUCUUGUUAACUCAAAAGUAAAAAUGUAUAAAACAGCAGUCGAUACUUUUGCUGUUAGUUGAUCGGCGAUCAGGUCGGCGGCGAUCAGGUCGGCGGCGGCGGAGUAAUGCCAUUUGAGAAAAUCUAUAUUCUCGCAUGUCUGGCCUGCACGAAGAUCGUUUGCAUGCGACCGUAAGAAAAUGCUAAUCUCGGCGCGCGACAUAUAUAUAUGGUGUCCUAGAUUGUACCUCGAGUCUUUUGCUCCUCAUUGUGUCAUAGAUAUUAUUUAGGAUAUUAGAUUUGACCACUGCGCAAAACAUAAUAGAGAGUACGUGGAAGAAUAGUGCAUAGCGUUUUGUUUUGAGUUUGUCAUGCGAUUUAUCACAAUUAUAUCACCAGACAAAAGAAUUCAAGCCUAUAGAAGCCAACCUAAAUAAUUGCAGUCCGAUCGCUCGAUCUUAAAAUAGACGAUUGCAAGUUCUACGUAGAUUGCGCAACCUACUAUCGAAUACAAAAAAGAUGGGAGACUGUCGAUUCCAAUGGAUUCCAGCUUCUUAUAACGCCAAAGUUCGCUAUGUGUAAGAACACUAAGAGCAAGUAAUACAAAAAUUGUCUGAUCAGUGAAGAUGAAUCGAUAUAUAACUUUGAAUCAAUUGGGUGACGGUACCUUCGGCUCCGUUGUUCUCGGAGAACGUAUUGACACUGGUGAAAAGGUGGCUAUAAAGAGAAUGAAGAGAAAAUAUUAUUCUUGGGAAGAAGCUAUGAAUCUUCGAGAAGUAAAGUCAUUGAAAAAACUUAGUCAUGCGAACGUCGUAAAACUGAAAGAAGUUAUACGGGAGAAUGACGUGCUGUAUUUCGUAUUUGAGUACAUGAAGGAAAAUCUCUAUCAACUAAUGAAGGACAGAGACAAACUUUUUCCCGAGCCAAUAAUAAGAAAUAUGGUGUAUCAAGUAUUGCAAGGUCUCGCUUUCAUGCAUAAGCAUGGCUUCUUUCACCGCGACAUGAAGCCAGAAAAUUUAUUGUGUAUGGGUCCCGAAUUAGUAAAGAUUGCUGAUUUCGGGCUAGCGAGAGAAAUUCGAUCGAGACCUCCAUAUACGGAUUACGUAUCGACGAGAUGGUAUCGGGCACCAGAAGUGUUACUACACUCCACGACUUACAACAGUCCGAUUGACAUUUGGGCGGUCGGCUGUAUAAUGGCCGAGCUAUAUACGUUUAGACCUCUAUUCCCUGGCAAAAGUGAAAUUGACGAGAUAUUUAAAAUAUGUUCUGUGAUUGGAACACCCGAUAAAGAAGAUUGGCCAGAGGGCUAUCAAUUGGCUACAGCUAUGAAUUUUAAAUUCCCCAAUUUUACGCGUACGUCAUUGGGUGUGUUGAUACCGAAUGCCAGUCAAGAGGCGGUCGUACUCAUGGAAGAUAUGUUGCAAUGGAAUCCUAUAAAAAGACCAACGGCCCAGCAAUCGCUCAGGUAUCCGUAUUUUCAAGUCGGCGAUCCAAGUAUCAUUAAUAAUAAAAAGAUUGGUGUCGUAUCUCAACGAGAACUUGUUAUGAAUAAAAUUAAUCUUCCACCGCCUGCGUCCAAGCAGUUCAGUUAUUCUCAGGAAGAUCUCGUUAAUAGUUUAGUUCAAUCGAGAGCACCAGAAAAAAUGCUCGUUGAGUCACAGCAGCAGCAGCAGCAGCCGGCAGUCUUGCCGUUGCUGAAUCAUAAUAAUCGCAAUAAACGCGACAGUAAUGCCUCCAAAUGGGACGAGGAGGAUUUUGCCGAGCUUCUAGGAAGCAAAAUUGUCCCAGAGAAUCCAAGCGCAACGCUCAUCCCAGAUCGCGUAUACAAGGAAAAUCGUGUAAAUUGGAAUGCCAACUAUCAACAAUCCGACAAUUUGCAUAGCAAUGCAAAUUGGUCCUUACCAACGUGGAAGGAAUCACCAUCGAGAAUGUGGAAUCAGUCGAACCAAUCCAACCAGACGAAGAAUAUGCGUAAAGUUUCAGCGAAACAACACUAUCUUAGUGUGGCUCGGUAUGUCGCAGGCCAGAGCACAAAUUUGCCAUCCAGAAAUGAGGAUUCCGAUAUCAACCAAUCUAAACUUCUAUUGAAUGGAUUUAUCGGUCAGGCAACAUCCAACAAGUAUGAUGAUUUUACAGACUCUUUUUGGGGACCUAGAAAUAAUAUUGAGAAUCAAACGAGGCAACACUAUCUUGCGCGAAAUCGUUACAUCACCGAACAAAGCUUGAGAUUACCUUAUCCCAGCGUAUACGGCACCCAAAAUAUCAAAACUACCAAUAAGCCUAUGUUUCAACCGAACUUGUUUGGAAAUGUUUUUAACGCGAAAACCAACAGUGGGCCUCAUCACGGUCGAACAGAUUGGGCAGCAAAAUAUCUCAAAUGACCAUUAUAGAAAGGUUGGUUUAUCUUUUCAAAUUAAUAAUUUAUCAUCAUGGCCUUUUUUUAAGGCAAAUUUCAACUGUGAUAGAACGAUCACUGUCGUUCCAUUGUGUAUUACGUGACAGACAAGUAGGAAGAAUGCAUUUUUUUUCCGCGAGUAAAGUUUUACGAAAGGAUUGGGAAUUUUAAAUAACGUGUUACUUAAUUGUAACGCCUUUACCAUUUUCGUUAUAUUUUUUUUGUAUCGAUAACAAUAUAACGUUGUUACAUUUUCACAGUAACAAAUUUUAUUGUUAUUUUAUAAAUAAAUACACGCGUAUGGACUAUGUUGAGAUUAAUCAAAGUCACUAUAAAUUUCAUAUUGAACUGAUAAAUACUGACAUAGAACAUAGACAAUUAGUUAUCAUUGUAAACAAAAUGUCAUCAAAAUUUUAUAAAAAAGUAACGACGUUAUUUUUUUUAAUAACGAAUUAUUUUUAUAAAACGUUCCCAGUCCUCGUCGUAUCUUGAUUAGAUAAAGUGUGACAUGUCGAAUAGUGGAAUGGAUUGUCACGAUGUUAAAUUGCAGCAUUUUCAUACGAUCAAAGUUCCAGAGACAGUUAUAUAGAUUGCUAUAAGUCAUCCAUAUUAAUUGAUCAUGUAUGAAAAAGUUUAAUUUUCUGAGAAACUGAUUCGGAAUUCGAUGUAUAUAGAUCUAUAAGAUACAUUAUACUUGAUUGUAUAUGUAUUACACACGUACACACGCGUGCGCGCGCAGACAUACGUAUAUGUAUGUACACACAUAUAGUGUGUUUGUAUAUAUUAAUUUAUUAAUAAUAUUAUAUGCGGCGUAAUCUCUUUGCGAUAUAUGAUCAUAGUAAAGUUCUGGAGAAUUAUAUUCUGAAUUAUAGAACAUUAUCAUAAAGUAUAUCAAUUGAAUACGUUUAUUCGAUAUAGAAACAAUAUUAAAAAAAAAAACUAUUACGCCGUAGCCUAGCCGAUAAAAUGUACCAUUAAGUAUUAGAAUAAAAAAUAUAACACAUAAGAAAUAAUA